UUUCUCGUACCAAAUUCACAAAAUCCCCCAUUUCUCUAUCCAAUUCUUGCAACAAAAAUGGAAUCAAAGCGUCAAUUGAUUGAUUCCCUCACCUCCCACAUCUCUCUAUACAAUUCCAACUCACCAUCUUCAUCAUCAAACCCUAACCCUAACCCGAGAUCCUCAAUUCUCAAAUGGUUUUCAUCACUCACACCUCACGAAAGACAAUCCCACCUCACUAUCGUCGACAGAUCAUUCACACAACUUCUAAUCCAAAUGCAAUUCAAACUCAAAGAUCAUGGUCAUGGUUCUUUCAUCAUCCUACCUGACAUCCCCUCGUCUUCAUCAAACCCUAACAUCCCCAGUUUCUGUUUCCGGAAAUCACAUGGGCUGCUAAAGAGAAUUAGCCAGGUUUCGAAGCCUGAGCGAUCUAUUCAUGAAUCGGUACAGUUGUUUGAUUCGAAAGAAGGUGAAAACUUUGGUUCUUGCUGUUCUACCUCUUUAGAUUCUGUUACGGUUAGUAGAGAUUUUGUUCAAAAUGUGGAUACGUUUGUUGAGGCUAUGGAUGGGGUUUCAAAUGGCGAGUUUUUGAGAGGGGAGGAGAGUGUGUUGUCGGGAUCAUUGGAUUGGGUAGAGUUUAAUUGGUUAAAGGGGAAAGGGUAUUAUAGUGUGGAGGCGUUUGUGGCCAAUAGAUUGGAGUUGGCUUUGAGAUUGUCAUGGUUGCAUUUGAAUAUUGGAAAGAAGAGAGGUGUGAAAUUGAAAGAGAAGUCUGUUUGUGCAGUUGCAGGUGUUGCAGCAAAUGUGUAUUGGAGGAAGAAAGGGUGUGUGGAUUGGUGGAUGAAGUUAGAUGAUCAAAUGAAGAACAAAGUUUUUCGAACAGUGUUGGGAAAAGCUACAAGAUUUCUGACUCAGGAAAUUCUAAAUGGAAGAAGUAGUGGUGUUGAAGAUGACUUACAGACCAUUAAUGGAGGAGAUAGUGAUAAACAAUCCUCAAGAUACAAGCAUCCUAAGUGGCAUCAAGAAACCAUUGAAACCCUAAAAGACAUAGAAUCAGGGAAACCUUUAUUUAUCUCUCAACAUGAUAAGUUAUCUUCUUCACUAUCUCAUAAAUUAAAUCGCCUUUUACUUGUUUGUGAGAUUUCAACUAUGAUACAAGCAUUUGAGCAUAGUCAAUUUGAUGAAGGAGUACUUUUCUUUACCUCAUUGGGUUCCAUUAAUACAAUUUCUGAUUGCAUAUUAAGAAGAAUACGAGGUUUGCUCAUGGUGGUUUCACUUGAUUUCACAAAACUUGAGCUCCUUGAAGAUUUUGGGUCAACAAAGUCAACCAAGAAUCCAGAACCAAAACUUGUUUCGAGUAAAAAAGGGAAGGUAAAAAAACAGAUUCCUGUUCAAAGAUCUUUCAAGAGUAAUUCCAUUCCUGAGAAGCCUUCCAAGGAUGAGGGGGAUAAAUUGGGUAGUAUAGUUCAUGAAAAGGUUAUUGAAAAAGAGACUCUAUCCACACCUGAAAUGGUUGUUAAUGUAACAGUUCAAACCACCUCAAAGAAAGGAAAAAGAGCAAGAAAGAAACAUAAAAAAGAUGGCAUAAUCGUAAAUAACCCCACCAAAAGCAUCGUUUCCCAAACUACCCCUUCAAAACCCGUUUCUCAAGACCUGAAUUCCCUACCCGAAAUUCCAGACACCAAAAUUACACCAAUUGCCAUUCCCACUGAUGACAAUUCAACAGAAGCAGCUAUCAAUUCUUCCAAUUCAUCACCUCUUGAGAAAAUAAAAGAAACGACUAAAACUACAAAAAAAGAAGAAAAACCAGUUGUCAAUAAUGUCAUCCAUGGUGGAAGUGGAAUAGUCAACUCUUCUAGAAUAGUCAACUCUUCUAGAAACUCUCCAUAUGAAUGGCCAAAUAAUGGUCCUCAAUUAUCAUUCACAAACUCACACCUCCCUACAACCACUGAUCGAUUGCAUCUAGAUGUGGGCCACAACUGGCAAAAUCAUUACCACCAAUCAAGCUUUUUACACACAGUCAGAAACCGGACAAUCGAAAACGGGUGCACCGAAGCUAUGGUGCACCAUCGCCCCAUUCCAAUGAGCUUAGAUUGGCCACCAAUGGUUCACAGCUUCAACGGAUUACUUCCCUUUAUGCCAAGAAGACAAUCUUUCAAACAAAUUCCCACUCCUCAAAAUGAUGACACCCGGAGAUACUCCGGCGAGUCAAACUUUGACUCGCCGGAGUUCGUGGAGGAGCACGAUGGCCAAUGGGUGGGUGAAGAAGAUUUUGCGGUUUCCGGGAUGGAUUAUAGUCAGUAUUUCGGUGGCGGGGUUAUGUAUUGGGAUUCCUCCGACCACCCGGUCGCCGGAUUCUCCCGCCCGCCUUCCCUGAGCUCCGAUGACAGCUCGUGGGCGUGGCAGGAGGCCGACAUGAACCGGACUGUUGAUGACAUGGUUGCUUUUUCAUCACCUUCGGGUGCGUCUUUCUGUUCGGCUUUCGAUCCAAUCGGAUACGUUAUCCCCGGAGAAGUCGCCGGAAAAGUCACCGAUGAUAACAUGAACGUGAAUGUUUCCGGUUCUUUGGACAUCGAAGCACCGUAUCCGAUUUUGCGACCGAUUAUUAUUUCCCGGGACCGGUCACGGGAGUUUAAGCGGGCCCACACUUACGAACAUAAAUCGCCGUGUGUGCCGCCUAGCAGACGCGAAGAACCGCCGCCGGUGAAACGGCCACCUUCGCCGGUGGUUCUGUGUGUCCCGCGCGGUGGUGCGUCGGUUGUCGGUGGUGAUUCGAGGAAGCAACGCGGGUUUCCGACUGUUCGUUCCGGUAGCUCGAGUCCCCGGAAUUGGGGCGUGAAAGGGUGGUUUCAUGACGGAAUUAAUUUUGAAGAAGCGUGUUUGAGAGUAGAUGGAAGUGAAGUCGUUUGGCCUUCGUGGAGAAAGAAAAGUCAAUUACCGGGAGCUUUGAUUGCAAUCUCGCAAGAAAAACAUCCGGAUUUGGCGAUUCCGCUUCAAUCUCCGGAAUCGGAAUUAGAUUCCACCGUCCGGAGCUCCACGAUUCCGGUCAUGCACAGUCUUUUAAACGAUGAAAUUGACUCGUUUUGUAAACGGGUUGCCGGAGUAAACUUGACCCGGAAACCGUACAUUAACUGGGCGGUCAAACGGGUAACCCGUUCGCUUCAAGUGUUAUGGCCGCGGUCCCGAACUAACAUCUUCGGGUCAAACGCAACCGGGUUAUCUCUCCCGACAAGUGAUGUCGAUCUUGUGGUUUGCCUCCCUCCCGUUCGAAACCUAGAACCAAUAAAAGAAGCCGGAAUCCUCGAAGGUCGGAAUGGAAUCAAAGAAACCUGUCUCCAACACGCGGCUCGGUAUCUCGCGAAUCAAGAAUGGGUAAAAAACGAUUCCCUCAAAAUCGUCGAAAACACUGCGAUUCCAAUCAUCAUGCUUGUCGUCCAAGUUCCUUUUGAUGAUUCCAUUCCGGAGUUGACCGGAAUGGAAUUGAUCCGAAUCGAUAUAAGUUUCAAAGCACCAUCGCACACCGGAUUACAAACAACGGAAUUAGUAAAAGAACUUACGGAACAGUUUCCGGCCGCCACCCCUCUCGCGCUUGUCCUAAAACAGUUUCUAGCGGACCGGAGUUUAGACCAAUCGUAUUCCGGUGGAUUAAGUUCUUAUUGUUUGAUUUUGUUGAUAACUCGUUUUCUUCAACAUGAGCAUCAUUACGGGAGACCAAUUAAUCAAAACUUUGGAGGGCUUCUUAUGGAUUUUUUUUAUUUUUUUGGAAACGUGUUUGAUCCACGUCAGAUGCGGAUUUCCGUUCAAGGGAGUGGGGUGUAUAUAAAUAGAGAAAGGGGGUAUAGUAUUGAUCCGAUUUAUAUCGAUGAUCCUUUGUAUCCUGCAAAUAAUGUUGGAAGGAAUUGUUUUAGGAUUCAUCAAUGUAUAAAGGCGUUUGCGGAUGCGUAUUCUACUUUGGAGGAUCGGCUUUUGUCUCUUUCGGAUAAUUGUGAUUCGAGUAAAUUGAAGCUACUCCCGUUGAUUAUACCGAGUGUUGGGAAUUCCUAGAUGAAUGUUGACCUAUUUUUGAUGAUGAGGAUGAGAAAGGGCGUUUUCGUCUUUUUGCAUGGAUGACAGAUCGGGGAAACGAGCAUGUCCUUGUUCCACCUUUUUGGUAAUCAACAGUACCAAUACCAAUACCAGUAUCAACUUUUUGGAUGGGACAAAGUAUCUGCAGUUUUUGUUCCAUUGACAUCAGCUAAACAUUGGAUUUUUGGAUGGGACAAAGUAUCUGCAGUUUUUGUUCCAUUGACAUCAGCUAAACAUUGGAUUUUUGGAUGGGACAAAAGAUUUGCAAUUUUUUGCUAAGUGACAUCAGCAAUGGAAGUACAAGUACAAACUUUUUGAAUUGGACAAAAGAUUUGUAGUUUUUGUGUCAGCUUUUUGAAUGGGACAAAAGAUUUGCAAGUUUUCAAUGCACACCAAAUGCAAUACAAGACGUUGCUAUAAUUGGGUAAAAGAAGGCUUCAUGGAACUACAAAAUGAUAGAAGUUUUGAUCAGAUUGUACUUCUCUGAAGGGUUUAUGUUUCCAGAUGUUCUUUUUACUCACUUGCCCCUUGUUUCUUUUUCUUCCUCAAAUUACAUAAAACUUGGUAUAAUUGUAAAAAAAAUGUGUAUUUGUUGGGGCAUACACAAAGAAUCCUGAUAGUGGCAUUUUGUAGUUGUGUGUUCAAAAGUAAAAUUUCGUCAACUUUUUUGAAGUGAAUUUUCAAUAACAAAAUGAGUUGCACUUGGAGUU